GCCGCCUCCCGGGCUCGGCGCUGCUUGGAGGGGACGGAGGCCGGCGCGGAGGGCCCGGCCGUGCCUGGUGCGGGGAGUGGGUAGCGACGUCCCUGCGAGCGGAGGGGAAGACGCGUGUCUGCCUCUUCGCUGUUCCCACGUGCCGCCCCCAUGGCAGCGAUCUACUCCGGGAUUUACCUGAAGCUGAAAAGCGCCAAGACUUCUUGGGAGGACAAACUCAAACUAGCUCGGUUCGCGUGGAUUUCUCACCAGUGCGUCCUGCCUAAUAAGGAGCAAGUUUUACUUGACUGGGUAAGCCAUGCAUUGGUUUCAAACUACAACAAGAAACUUGAACUGGAGGAUGAAGUUGUUGAAAAACUCUGGGCAUAUCUUGACAAUGUUAUCCAUAGUAAAAGACUACAGGAUCUCUUAAAGAGUGGGAAGACUAUUGGUCUCAGUUUUUCAAUUGCACAGGUCAUAAACAAAAGGUUACUGGAGGCCUGUUCUGAAAAAACACAAAACAUUGGCACAGUGCUGAGCUGCUCCAGUGGCAUCCUUUCUACUCCUUCCCUGUCCAUCAUUUACACAGCAAAGUGUGAGCUUUUGGUUGAUCUCCUCAGCAAGCUGUCCAAGCUGGCAUGUCAGCAGCUGGCUUCUGAUGAUGCUGUGGGCUCCCAAUUGUUCAGCGUCCUCCAACUUACCUUUGCUCAGUACCUCCUGAUCCAGAGGCAGCAAACCAACCCAAACCGUGUGUUUGGGCAAGUGACAAGUCACUUGCUCCAGCCAUGUUUGCUGCUGAGGCACUUGUUGACUGUGAGGAGCUGGACACAAGCAGAUGAUAACCAUGUGCGUCAGCACCUGAGCCGGGACAUACGAAACCAAAUAGAAACUUUGCUGCAGGCUGGGUUAUUUCAGCCUGAGCUUUUCUCAUCCUACAAAGAAGAGCUGCUUCCAGAACAGGAACCCCAGGAGAAGAAGAAAGGAGCUUUGAAAACUCUUUUGCUACCAGUCAACACAGUGCAGACCAAGCUGGGCAGUGACUUGUGUGAAUCUGCCCUCCAUGGGGCGGUUGUGGCUGGUUCGGUGUCCCUGCUAUAUAAGCUCUUUCUGGACUCAUACUGUAAGGCAGAAAACCACCUCGUGUGUUUCCACAUGCUUAGCAGGCUUUUUGGCUGUCUCAGGCUCUCUGACCUACAACAGGGAGGGAGGAGGGAUACGCUCUCCCCUGUGGACUGGAGCACAGAGCUGCUUGCUUUGGAACAGCUUCUGAACUUGGUGCUCAGCAAUGAUAUCUAUAAUGUCGCCAGUGACCGCAUCCGGCACAAGGAGGUGCAGUUUGGGUUUUACCGGAAGCUAGCACAGAUGCUGCUUACACACUCCCAAGCUUCCAUCCCUGCUUGGUUCAGGUGUCUCAAACUCUUGAUGUCAUUAAACCACCUUAUAGUAGAGCCAGACCUGGACGACUUGGUGUCGUCUUCUUGGAUUGAUGCCGAGGCCUCUGAGCCGCGUACGAAGAAGGCACAGGAGACUCUCAUCAACACCAUAUUCCAGACUUACUCCAAGCUGAGGCAGUUCCCACGGCUCUUUGAAGAGGUGCUGACAGUCAUUUGCCGGCCAGCUGUUGAUGAACUGAGGCCGCCCAUCUUCUCUGCUGGCCUGACAGUAAAGCUUCGUGAGUGCCUCCUUGAACUGCCACCCAACCAGAUUCUGGACAUUCUGUGUCUCUUUGUGGAGAAAUGCCAGACCCUUAUCAUUCCAGCUGUUGAAGGGUCAGUUGACAUGGCCUUGAAGCUGAUGUCAGUGUGCUCGGUGCUGCAUGCUUUUCUGUUCAACAUGAGGAGCCUGGAUGAUGUCACUCCUUCCCCUGUGGUGCUUCGCACUCAGCGUUUGAUGGCAAACAUACAGAGGGGAGUAACUCAGCCACUGAUGGAGCUGCUGCAGGCUCCUAAGAGAGAGGAAGAAAAGUCAGAGCUUUGGCUAAGAAAGGCCAGUGACGCUGCUCUCCUCCUUGUUUACACUUGGGUUCAGGUAGACACUCUGUUUGGUUUUAGCUGCAGUAAAUAUGUGUCUCCAACAGCUGAAGUUGCUGUUUCUGAACCUGCUGCAAGGCUCUGGGGCAUUUCAGCUUUCCUGCCUGGUGUGAAGGAGCAGUGUUGGGGGAGAGUUAUGGAACUUGCAAAUAGUUUUGCCUCCACUAGUAAAUACUGCUUAGAACUGCUUGCACUUCAGAAAAUGAAGAUGAUAUUAAUGCAGACUGAAGCUGACCUACAGGCCUUGCAGCAUGCUGCAGCUUUCAUCCUGGAGUCUGGAAGAUCCACCAUGAGCAGAGGAGAAUCUGAACCGUGGGACGGAGAUAUCAGCGCGAUAACUGAGUUUAGCUACCCCACAGCACACUGGCACCUCGUCAUGUCCAACCUGACCAUCCUGUUGCCGUAUAUUUCCUUAAAAGAUGUAGAGUACAUUGCAAAUGUGCUUCUAGAGACGUUGAUGUUGGCCAAAGCCCAGGAAACUGCCACAGACCAGGAGCCUUCCAUCAGCAUUGGAAAGAUAUCCCUUGGUUUGAUCCACAGCUCUCUUCUACCAGAAAUGAAGGUCCUGCACUGUGCUUUUCUGACCCAUCUUAUUCAUCAGUUUGCUGUGGUGCUGCCCUCUGCUACCAGGGAUUCAGUAGAUCUGCCACUUCAGCAGCUGUCUGUGAGUAAUAUUCCUUGGCAUGAAGAAAUUAUGGCUCCUUGCAAAACUGUUGACCCCUUGGAAGUGCCAUCAGAAAACAAACUGCAGAAGGAUGAGCUGAGCUUGUCAUGGAAAACACUGGAGAAAGUUGCCCAAUGUAUAGUAUUGUUAGCAAAAAAUGGCUGCCCUGUCAUCCUGAAAGAACGUCAGCUACAAAGAUGCCUGGGUUUGCUAGAAAUUGUUUCUCUUCUGAAAUUAGACAGUUUCCUUCCUUCUGACUGUACUCGGUGUUUCCUGGUGCUGCUGUCCCUGCUAGUUAAUACCAGGGCUAGUGUCUCUUGCAGCAGGUUGUUACUGCUGAAGUUUUUAAGUACUUGCCUCCACCUCUUGAGGUGCCUGCAAGCUGGCAGGAAUGCCAACUCUGUUUUUAAGGUGUUACAUGCCAGCGAUGUUCUUGAGGCUGUCAUGACCUCCCAGCUUACAGCUAGCAAGUUCUUCACUGAUGUCUUGACUGAUGUUCCUGUUUGGGCACAGUAUGUCCAGGAAGUCCAAGAGUUUUUGGACAACUUUCUUCAGAUGAUUAUUGAAAGAAGACAGAGUGUGAAGCUCAACUUGGAAAAGUUCAUGUCUUUCCUGGUGAGCUGCAGGCCAGACACAGGUGCAGCCAAAAGCAAAGACUGGAAAAACUGGAAUCCUGCAGCUGAGCAGUUACUGCUUACAGCAUUCACCACACUCUGUCAUGUCGUCACACUGCACCUCCAGCAGCUGCCAGAAAAGAAGCUGCAUUCUGCGGAUGUGAUGUCUGCUCGGUUGGAACCAGUAGUUCUGCAGAUGGUCAGAACUGUUGAACACGGUCUUCAGAGUAACACCCCAAACCAGCUUUUGCCUGUAGCAUUCAUACCAUCUGUCACUACUCUCCUCAAAGCAGAUCUGAGCCAUCCUGUCAAGAAGGACUGGCAGAAGGAGCCCAGUGGGUUUUUGGAGUGGCCCCGUAUUAAGCUGUACCAAGAGUUUUACUCUCAGAUACUGAAAGAGCUGCCCUGUGCAGGGAAUAAUCUGCAGUUCCUUCAGCCUGCUUUGCAGUUCCUGACCGUCUUCUGCUCCGUGCCAGAGCUGUAUCCUGGAAAAGAAACUGCAGUCAUGGUUGUUUUUGCUAUAAGAAAGCUUCUCUCUGGUCCUGCAAUUACAACCCAGGUGAUCCAAAGUAUGGAGAUGGAGCUGACAGAGGUGCUUGUCCAGGUGCUGGGAAACUGCUCUGCUGAGGAGUUUUAUGCCAUAAUGAGGCUGGUGCUGCAGGGACUGGAAGUGAGGAAUAUUUGGCAACAGAAGGCUAAAGAAGUAUUGUCAGCUGUUACGCUAACCAAAUUGUUGCUCAGCUGCCCAUUAAGUGGAGACAAAGAGAAAGCUUUCUGGUUUGCCAGCCCUCAGAUAAUCACAGCUUUAGCUCUGCAAACCAAAGAGGCCUGUCAGGACCUGUCACUGAUUUCCGUCAUAGUUGUACCUAUUCUAGAGACUGUAGCAGCUCUGCUAAGACAAGGAGAACGGGUUCUCGUGAAUCCACAUCAUGUAUCAUUGGCAUUCAGCAUUCUCCUAACAGUCCCUCUGGAUCAUCUGAAGACAGAAGACUAUCGUGGUGUCUUCCUGGGGGUCCAUGAAGUGCUCUUCUCUAUUGUGCAGUGUCAUCCGAAGGUGCUGUUGAAAGCAGCACCAUCUUUUCUGAGCAGUUUCCAUCGUCUGGUUGUUUCUGUCAUGCAUGAAGGACGUCAGAAAGGAGACAGAGGCAACACGGAUGAGUUUGAAAUGAUACUGAAAUGUGCACACUUGGUGGAACGGAUGUAUACUCAUAUUGCUGCAGAAAUGGAGGACUUCACUGUGUUUUCUGCUUUCAUUGUGGCUCAGUAUGUGACUGAAUUGCAGAAGGUGACUUUGCACCCAGCUGUGAAGACACAUCUCACAGAAGGAGUAUAUCACAUCCUUGACCUUUGCAUUGAACGGGACAUCAAGUUCUUGAAUGCAUCGCUCCCAGCAGGCGUGAGGGAGGUCUUUAAGGAUCUGUAUAAUGAUUACAACCACUACCACAAAGCAAAAAAGCAGGGGGAGGAAAAGUACACUGCAUGAGGAAUCCUGCCUGGUGCUGCAUGAUCAGUUAUGAACUGAUCUUGCAGCACUGAGAAGAUGCUCAGUUGCUGUUUGGUUUGGGAUGACCAGUAAGAUCGAACCUGAGGAGGGUGCUAAACAUGAAUUGCAUUUAUCCCUAUACAGCCAGCCUUCAUAAGGGGGAAAAAGGGAGAUGGGGAGGGAGGAUGUGCUGUGCUGUUUGGUCUGGUCCUGUGUUGUGCCACAAAUGACAGAACUUCUGUGCCUCUGCUGGCCCCUGGUGAACUCGCUGGGAGCCCUGGGGAGCUCACUGCAAUUUGGCAGCAGAUGUCAGGCUUCAGGCUUUGGCACAUCAUGGUGCUUUCCUGUGGAAGCAACAGUCUGGUCUAAAAGCCAGUGAGGGAUAUAACUCCUGCUUUUGCUUACAUGGUAAGCAGAAUUAAAGCAGUUAAAGUGCUUAUUUUUGUACCCUGUUAUUUUACAUUUUGUAGCUGAAGAAAUUUGUCAGUGUUACACAGCUGUACAGCAGGUUACUGUGCAAAACUGCAGAAAUAACAGUAAAAAAUUUGAAAGAUUGUA